AUGAUUGUCUCGUAUGCUAAACAUCCGAGGCACACCAUCAAUCUCAAUUCUCCAACAUCCACACCCUCAAAGAAUGACCGACCGCCGGAACAUAUGCAGAGAUCGGACCGACACAAGACAGAGACCCUGGGAGGCCACACUCCACCUACCUUAGCGUCCGGUGACUCAAAAGCUCAAUCAAAUACUUCCUGUGCGAGCACUACCUUGAACACCAACACGCCGGGACAGCUGGGCCCCAAGAUCGCCAGGCGCAGCGCCACGUAUCCAGACGCCACGCUUCUCGGGAGGCUUUUUUGUCACGGAUCAGCGGGAAGCCUCCGUCUCAUCAUGCACGGGAUGGUCAUUCGUUCCGGGGCUGUCCAUCGAUGA